AUGAGCCCCAGCAUAGCCUCACCAUUGGUUCAGGAUACGAAAAGUCGUUGCCUCAGAUGCACUUUGGCUCGCUGUGUCUGUCUAUGCAUUGGGUGCAACCUUUGCUGGUUUGCAUGCGCACUGAGCCCACAAGCCAAGCAGCCGUGGCAGGGGCCCAUGGCAGUUGCCAUGCUGGCAGCGAUCGCACUGCUCACAUCUGAUUCUCGUCUUCAACUACUCCUGGCCUCUUGCCUCAACUUUAUCCUGGACUUCUGGUGGAGGAUAUGGGAAAGGGUCAGCAACAGACUUUCCUGCAAGGUCAUUGUCUUGUACGUCUUGAUCGGACUGGUUCUCGUAAAGGUAGCCUUCUUCCUGAUUUUUGACCUUUCUCUCUUAGAGUCCGGGCUGCUUGCCAUCUCGGUGGAAUGGGCGGUUUCAUUUCCACUCCUGGUCUACGUUGCAGACGUCAUUUUGAAGGACGAGGAACGAUAG